AUCAGGUGAAACCCCGGGACCUCUACCUCGCUUCAAACGACCCUGGGGGCGAAAUCCGCCCAGAGACUUAAUUUGCAUGGGGCGGGGCCUGCCUCUUUGAGUGGGGCCGGGCGCCACUUCCCCUUCCAGUCGGCUUCCGCCCGCUGGCUUCCGCCCGCUAGCUUCCGGCUUCCGUGAGGCUUCCGCCCGCCUUCCGCCCGCCUUCCUUCCGGCUUUUGUCCAGUUUUCCUCUGCCUUCGCCGGGCGCCGCCCGCGGCCAGGGUCCGAAUGCUACCAAAACGGCGGCGAGCGCGGGUCGGGUCCCCGGACACCGCCCCCUCCUCCGCGGCACGCUUCCCUGGGGUCACUGUCUACCUGGCUGAGCCACGCAUGGGCCGCAGCCGCCGGGCCUUCCUCACACGCCUGGCUCUCUCCAAGGGCUUCCGCGUCCUGGACGCCUACAGCUUGGAGGUGACACACGUCAUGAUGGAGGGGACCUCAGCAGAGGAGGCCGUCUGCCGGCAGGAGCGCAGGACGGCGGCCCUUCACCCAGGAUGCACCCGCCCAGUGCUCUUAGACAUAAGCUGGUUCACGGAGAGCAUGGCGGCCGGGCAGCCUGUCCCUGUGGAGUGCCGGCACCGCCUGGAGGUGGCUGUGUGCAGGAAGGGGCCGCCACGCCCAGCGUGGAGGCUGCCCUGUGCCUGCCAGCAUCCCGCACCCGUCACGCACCACAACGCCGGCCUCUCGGAGGCUCUGGAGAUGCUGGCAGAGGCCACGGGCUUUGCCGGCAGUGAGGGCCGCCAACUCUCCUUGUGCAGAGCGGCCUCAGUGCUCAAGGCCCUUCCCGGCCCGGUCACGGCCCUGAGCCAGCUGCGUGGCCUGGCCCGCUUUGGAGAACACUCGUGCAGGGUCGUCCAGGAGCUGCUGGAACACGGAGUGUGUGAGGAGGUGGAGAGAGUCCGGCUCUCGGAGAGGUACCAGGCCAUGAAGCUCUUCACUCAGAUCUUUGGGGUCGGGGUAAGGACCGCUGACUGGUGGUACCGGGAGGGGCCGCGGACGCUGGACGACCUCCGAGAGCAGCCCCAGAGACUGACCCAGCAGCAGAGAGCAGGACUCCAGCACCACCAGGACCUGAGCACCCCGAUCCUGCGAUCAGAUGUGGAGACCCUGCAGCAGGCGGUGGAGGCAGCCGUGGGGCAGGCCCUUCCUGGGGCCGCCGUCGCGCUGACCGGCGGCUUCCGGAGGGGGAAGUUGCAGGGCCAUGACGUGGACUUCCUCAACCACCCCCAGGAGGGCCGGGAGGCAGGGCUGCUGCCCAGAGUGCUGUGCUGCCUGAAGAAGCAGGGCCUUAUCCUGUACUGCCAGCACCAGCGCAGCCGGCAGGCAGACGACCCCACCCACCUGCCCCGGCAGAGCCACACCAUGGAUGCCUUCGAGGGGACUUUCUGCAUUUUCCACCUGCCACAACCCCCAGGGGAUGCUGUAGGGGCGCCCAGAGGCCCUGCCCCACCUGACCACCUGGUGGUCACCCGUGUCAGCCAGUUCCCCUUUGCGCUACUCGGCUGGACUGGCUCCAAGCGUUUCGAGCGGGAGCUGCGCUGCUUCAGCCGGAAGGAGAGGGGGCUCUGGCUGAACAGCCGUGGUCUGUUUGAUCUGGGGCAGAAGACGUUUUUCCACGUGGCUUCAGAGGAAGACAUCUUCAGACUCUUGGGCCUUGAGUACCUUCCCCCCCAGCAGAGAAAUGCCUGAUCCUAUUAGCUGGCCCCCACUUCCACUCUCUGGAAAUGGAGGGUGCCAUUUGAGCCAGACGCUAUGGGUGUUGUGGUCCCUGAAUGUUUCCAGGUGGAAGACGCACUGCUGCCCCAAGUCCUCACGCCUCCCAAGUGGGAGGCCUGUCUGUGUGGACCACCAAUCCCCCACAUACACCCAGUUCAAGAUGUCAUGAAACGAGCACGUGGAACAAACUAAGCUGUGUUUUCUGAAUGUGUUGCUGGUGUGGGUGACCGGGGAGCAUGGGUAUUGUUUCUGCCCAGAGGUCAGCUACGGGGUGCUGGUGAGGGCGGGGGAUGUGGACCUAAGACAGAUAGCCUUCCAGUUAUUUCUGCAACACAAACGGGUUUAUUCAGGAUCAGCAGAGAAUGGGUCUGCAACCAUGGCAAGCCAUGUGCAAGUCCCCAGCAAAAAUGGAAAGGAAAACGCUUUUACAGAGGGGAAAAGGAAUUUGGGAGGGCUAUAGUAAACAAGAGUCCACGGCUUUUCAUUGGCUGAGUCCUCAUCAGGAGUGAAGAGGAGAUCCUUCUUUCUGUUGGGCUCUGCUAUCAUCACAGGGCAUGAGCGCUCCCCCUUCUGGUCUCCCAACUCUUGAGGUUUCUGUUUAUUAAUCUUUUUACACUUCCCCUUUCGAUCAAGAUGUUUCUCUGAAAGCAUCACUAAUCUGAGUCAGGCUUUCCAGUUUCAGGGUCUUUUUGUCCCUCAAUACAAGGAAGGACCUUUCCUGGGUGUAGUGUCCCACAUCAGAGGGAGAGUGCACAGAUUGGAGAUCUAUUGAGGUCAUAUUUAAGUAACAAGGAGGAGUAGGAGGGACAACUCUUAGGCACUUUUUAUCUAAAGUCCGUGUGUUACCAAGAUCCUAAACAGUAGAGAUUACCUGAAGCCUUAUGU